AUAAAAGAUGAUAAAGUUUGCUUCUUAGAACAAAUUUGUAUUUAUGCUACUCAUAUUUACAUUGUAAAUUUGCUCUUCAAAUGGAAUCCAACAUUUGAGGGGUCAUAUCGAUAGUAAUGAAAUUAAUUUAUUAAAGCAAUCAAUAACAAGCAUUUGACUUCGAUCAGUCAUAGUAGUGGCAGUCCCUUUACGGCAAUUACUUUUGGGGGAUUGUUUAUUAUUGGUGCCUUUUGUAUGCUUUGGUACAAUGAAAGAAGGUAACAUUUUAUAACAUAACAACCUCAAGAUAGGCGAUAACGGAGUAUAGAAUAAACCAGGCUUAUAAGGAAUGCACAUCAGUUGAUUCAGCUGAAAUCAAUCCAAACACCAAUAAUAAAUUAAUUCACACAAAUGGUAGUGAAAUAUGUUAAUUAUCCUUAGGCAAUAGUCAUACCAAUUAACUAAUAGUUGAUGAGAUCUUUGGGCUCUAAUUAAAAGAUUGCGUGAAAUUAAUCAGAAGUGUUGAAAUGUUUCAAUGGGUUAGGAGAUCAAGAUAAGAAAAUAAUCGAACCAUUUAUUAUUACGAAUAAAUUUGGAGUUCAACUUUCCAUGCAGAUGUGGGAGAUGGGUACUUCAAUGAUUAAUCGAAAUGGAUUGUAUAAGCUGAAGAUAAAAUUAAUGAAAAUGUCUAUGUUGGAGCCUACUUAAUAACAAAAUCUUUGGCUGAACAAACAGAUGCAAAUGAAAUUAUUAAUUUAACUUCUGAGCAUGCCUAAAACGUUGCUAAAUAUUUUGCUAAUUAAAGAAUAUUUUAACAUUUGUAAUUGUUAAUACAAUAAUAUUAGUGAUGCUUAAGGAAAGGAAAUGUAUUUUUAAUAAGAAAAAGGUAGACUUCUCAACAAUGAUCUUAGAGUAUCUUUUAGAACUGCAAGAAUAGGUCCAACAACUGUAGUGUCAUAAUAAUAAAACAACACUUUCACUCCUUAUAUUAUUCAUGAUAAAUAUGAUUAAACAUUAAAUUAGGAUGGCGAAAAUCUUGAAAAUUCUAAUCCUUUGGGAAUAUUAUCGUGCUGUUGUUGCUGUUGCUUAUGUUGUUGUCAACUUUGCAAAGCCAUAGAAUAACCUUUAUCAGAAUUGAAUUUACUCUAUUAAGUUGUCCUAACAUAAUAAUAAGUCUUUAAGAAAUUGGCUGAAGAAUAUGCUUGUCUAACUCUCUGUUAAAGAGUCACUGGAUACAUCUUAAUGGUAAAUAGCAAUAUUAUUUUUAGGGAUUUGGUUUCUACUUAAUAUUCUAUCCUGUAACAUGGGUUGUAUCUUUGGUUCCUUUGAUUGGUGACUUUUUAGCUGCAAUUACAGGAUUUGCUUUUUUUUUGGUAAGUUUCUUAAUUUCUAUUCCAUUUUCUAUUCUAACAAUUGCAUUUGCAUGGCUUUUCUAUCAUCCAAAGUAUGGAAUUGCACUAAUAGCAUUAUCUGGCUUAAUUGGAACUGGGAUCUAUUUUUAUUUAAAAAGUCAAUAAUGA